AUGUCCACGACAGAGGUCUAUCCGCUUCCAGAUCAGGCAGACACCAAGGAGAAGAAGAUCACAACGAUUGGUGAAGUGUUUCGAGCACCUGCCCAUCUACCACAGAUCAGCCCACCAAAAGCUGCGCGGCCCACCACCGGGAAAAGUCACACAAUUACAUUUGCCCCUCCAGAGAUGCCUAAGCCUAGCCGUAAGGGUUCUCAGUCUUAUGCGCAUCAGAACUUGUCCGCUGGCUUCUGGUUGGGAUAUGCCGGAGUCGACCUGCCCAAGGACCAAUCAUCGCCCACAGCAAAGCAAAAGAGUCGACAACGAGCGUUGAGCAUGGGUGAAGCGCAGCAACCUCCUUCGGAGGCUAGCCUUGUCGCCGUACAGCAGGCAAAGGAAGACGCCUUGUUUCGCAGCGCGUACUCGAGUUUUGCACCUACUCGCGAUGACAGUACCGCUAUCAUACCUGAAGAGACCAAGAACAGGGUCUGGUGGCAGAGGGUGGGUGAGAAACGCUUCAAUGAGAUGUUUCCGAUCGACCCAGCACUCCUCGAUGCAGAAGAGGCGGUUGAGAUUGAAGCCAUUAAUGCGGCGGACGAGGAGGCAACCUUCAAAGACGCCGUCGAUAACUUUGAACAAGUGGACAUUGCAAUCUUGUCCGUCUCUGAAGAGAAAAGCGACGAGGAGAAGGGCACAGACGAAGUUUUGCAGGAGAUCUCAGAGCUACUGGAGACCCUUGCAUCACAUCAGAGGAUACGUAACUCUUCGUUGACGACCAACCCGCGCACACCGGUGGUGCAGAACUCAUCUCUAGCUUCACUAGCCGGCAGUCCCUCAACACCAUCGACGGAAGAAUUUGAUGUAUACCAAAUCCUCAAAUCGCAACUGACUUUGCUAGUCUCCCAGCUUCCGCCCUAUGCUGUAGCCAAGUUGAACGGUGAUCAGCUUGACGAACUAAACAUCAGCCGGACUAUAUUGUUCGACACGAAAGAGUACAAGGGCGUUUUGGAAGAGGACGCCCUCUCCAGGCUCGCAAAAGCGCCGCCUGUUGCUGCUGCGACACCAGCGACUCUCCAUCGUACUGGCUCUGGAACUCAUGCUCACUAUCCUGCGGGUAGUGCCCAGUAUAGCCGCCCUGCGGCAUCAGUGCACCAGUCCAGCACCCGACCUGUCCAAACAACACAGUCCUUUUACCCGCAGCAACAAUCCCUCCACCGAUCGUCCUCUAUGCUCUCCCAACGCUCUCCAUCCGGAACGUCCCAUAGCUAUCAGGCGGGCGGUGCGUCGUAUGCUCCGUCGUCGAGAAGCUACUCCAACACACAGUCCUAUAGUCAACAGACACCACGCCCUAGUUAUGGACAGACACCAUCUGGGCAGUACUACCCUCAGCGCUCGGCACAGCUGAGUACUUACGGGGGCGCCGCGGCUUCUCAAUAUCAGGCACCCACCCCACAGACCCAGCCGCAAAACCGCUAUACGGCGCAGCCAGCACAGAACGGCUACAUGCCACGAGCACAGAAUUCGUCCUUGAUGUACAACGGUUCUCAAACACCGCAAGUAGCGGGCGUGUCACCUCUGAAAGCCACUCCUGCACCAGCGCUGUCAGCAUUCAACGCACGGCCGGCUUAUAGCACGCCCGUCGCGGGUGGACAAGCGAGAAGUUCUUACUAUGGUCCAUCACAGUACGGCACGCCACAGGCGCCCACACCAUCCACCACGUUCGGAGGUAUACCCGCCAAUCCCCAGCAGAUGAUGAUGGACAGGCAACAGGCUCAAGCUGUGGCACAAUCGCAAGCUCGACUAGCUGCGCAGUCUAGUUUCAGCAGUAGCAGGGCAGGCUCUGGCACACCUCAACCACCGAACGGCUCGUACAAUGGGCAGUCAAACGGUGCAUCGAUGUCAACCUGA